AUGACGCGCAAACUCAACCACGAAAGGAAACCGUGUCAAAGGAUCGCCUCCCCCUGUAUAUAUACUCGGUUCAACCCAGCUCAACCCAAUUCACACACACCCACACACACACCCAAAGAAAGACACGCAAACAUGCCGGCCACCGCCUCGCCGCCACCGCUGCUCCUUGCCGCCGCGCUCCUCCUCUCCGCCGCGUUGCUCUGCUCGGCCUGCCCCGUGCCGCUGCCGAAGCAGACGGCCGACAACAGCCCGCGUCUGCAGCGCGCGUACGUGGCGCUGCAGGCCCUCAAGCGCGCCAUCACCGACGACCCCAAGAACCUGACGAGCAACUGGUGCGGCCCAGACGUGUGCGCCUACUUCGGCGUCUUCUGCGCGCCGUCCCUUGACGACCCGUGCGCGCGCGCCGUGGCCGGCGUCGACCUCAAUCACGGCGACCUCGCCGGCACGCUGCCGUUCGAGCUCGGCCACCUCACUGACCUCGCCGUCCUCCACCUCAACUCCAACCGCUUCGCCGGGGGGCUCCCGGACUCCCUCCCCAAGCUCUCCCUCCUCCACGAGCUCGACGUCAGCAACAACCGCCUCUCCGGCGGCUUCCCGCAGCACAUCCUCUGCCUCCCCAACGUCAAGUACGUGGACAUCAGGUUCAACAACCUGUGCGGCCCCGUGCCCCCGGCCAUCUUCGACAAGAAGAUCGACGCGCUCUUCAUCAACGACAACAACUUCGACUUCGAGCUGCCGGAAAACUUUGGCAACUCCCCCGCCUCGGUCAUCGUGCUCGCCAACCUCCGCCUCCGUGGCUGCAUCCCCGCCAGCGUGGGGCGCAUGGGGGGCACGCUCAACGAGCUCGUCAUGCUCAACUCCGGCAUCCGGUCCUGCAUCCCGCCGGAGAUCGGGUGGCUGCGCGAGCUCACCGUGCUGGACGUGAGCUUUAACCAGCUCCAGGGCACGCUGCCGGAGUCCAUGGCAGGGAUGCACGCGCUGGAGCAGCUCGACGUCGCGCACAACGAGCUCGCCGGGCACAUCCCGGAGGGCAUCUGCGCGCUGCCACGGCUGGCCAACUUCACCUACUCGUACAACUACUUCUGCGGCGAGCCGGAGCGGUGCAUGGCGCUUCGGCGCAACGACGACCGGCAGAACUGCAUCGCCGGCCGUCCGGACCAGCGGCCGGCGGACCAGUGCCUCGCGUUCCUACACCGCCCGCCGGUGCACUGCGACGGCCACGGCUGCUUGGCGCAACACUAG